AACCCGGAGUAAAGGGGCGCUCUGCCAAAGCCGGAGCUAUAAAAACGGUGAUGCAACGCACUCCGAGCCACAGUCGCACUCGGCGAGGCGCGCACUGCAAGGCACUCUCCCCGCUCCACCGCCUGACGGACGCACGGACCCACAGCCAGCCUGCGCCGGCCUGCCCUGUCCGCCCUCCGGAUCCUGGCCGCCCCGCGCGGAGACUCGAGCAAAAUGAUGCUUCAACACCCAGGACAGGUGUCUGCCUCGGAAGUCAGCGCCUCCGCCAUCGUCCCCUGUCUGUCCCCUCCCGGCUCACUGGUGUUUGAGGAUUUUGCUAACCUGACACCCUUUGUCAAGGAAGAGCUGAGGUUUGCCAUCCAGAACAAGCACCUCUGCCAUCGGAUGUCCUCUGCGCUGGAGUCGGUCACCGUCAGCGACAGACCCCUCGAGAUGUCCGUCAUGAAGGCCGAGGUAGCCCCUGAAGAAGAUGAAAGGAAAAAGAGGAGACGGGAAAGAAAUAAGAUUGCAGCCGCCAAGUGCCGAAACAAGAAAAAGGAGAAGACAGAGUGCCUGCAGAAGGAGUCGGAGAAGCUGGAGAGUGUGAAUGCCGAGCUGAAGGCGCAGAUUGAGGAGCUGAAGAAUGAGAAGCAGCAUUUGAUAUAUAUGCUCAACCUGCACCGGCCCACGUGUAUUGUCCGAGCUCAGAAUGGGCGGACUCCGGAAGAUGAGAGAAACUUGUUUAUCCAACAGAUAAAAGAAGGAACACUGCAGAGCUAAGCAGCCGUGAUGCGAGGGCAACCGGGGAGUCCUCAUCGAGUCCUCUUUUUCCACCCAGAACCCUGAAACCAUCGGAAAGCUGACUUCCUGUGCACCUCUAGAAUCCCAGCAGCCAAGAACCAUCGCGGCGGGAGGGCCCAUGGCAGCUCCGCUGGGCCUCCCCUCUUUGGACCAGGGCAAGAGCAUCCUUUGCCUCAACUCCAGGAUUUAGGUCUUAAUAUCCUGGCCAUUCUUUGAUGUCCAGAUGGCCCCUGGUUAGGGUCCUGCACAUCCGUUAGGAUUCACGCAGACAUAUCUGUACCUCGGGUGGGCGGGGUGGGGCCAUCUCCUCCGCAGCAGCUGCCUCGCUCGUGGGGCACAUGGAGCGAGAGCGACACACAUCGAAGUUGUGCGAUGGCCAGGGCUGUGCUUUCUAGCAGAUACGCUGUUGUGUUCUAGAAUUACUGUGUGCGAGGCAUUCGUUCCAAAACUAGGCGUUGUGCUCUUCUGAUGUCUGUUUCACACAACCCUGGCGCAACCUUUCUGUGAUAAUCCUCAGACUGGCGUCUGAGAGUCUGGGGUCUGUCGCCUUGGGCAGUGUCUCACGAGAGUGUUCAGGUGGCCGGAAGAGCUUGGCGGCCCCAGAGAACAGAACCGUCCUGCGGGCCAGGAGUGUGAGGGCUCCUUUCCCCAGCACCCAGGCCGUAAGCAGCAAUCAGGAGCAUGGCCGAAGGUCCUGUGGCAAACUCAGUUUCAGUGUCAUAGGAAGAAAACAGAAAGAAAGUCCAACUUGAAGAGCUGAGGACUCUCCACUCGGGCCAGGAGUUAUUUCUAGGCCAGAAGAGCCAAAGACUAUUCCGUUCUCCUUUCCUGGUGGUCAGAAGCCAGUCAUUGGAGACAUGCGUUGGAAGCCAGUGAUGGCGAGGCUUUAGCAUUGCUGGACGUUCAUGCGUCGUUCUUGUCAUGGAGCUGUGUUAAGAAAUCCGGCCCAGAGCAUCUGCAGCUGUGAGCAGUCACUCACUCGCACUGGCCACAGGACUCUGGCUACUGUCUGUUAAAAUUCUGAUGUUUCUGUGAAAUCCUCAGAGUGUUUAAUGCUACUCAAUAGUAUCAUUACAAUUUUCUGUAAGAGAAAAUAUUAUUUAUCCUAGUAUUCCUGUCAGUGUAAUAAAUAUUGGAACCAAGACAUGGUAAAUGCAAAGAUUGCACUGGCUUCUGUUUUUCUAAAUCGGUGGGUGGGGGAAACCUAGUCACUCCCCACCUGUCCCCUUUCCACACUGAGGGUGAUCAGCUUUGAAUAUCUUGGGGGGUCAGCCUUUGUUUCUUGGGGCACCACCAGGUGAGAUCAUUAACCUUCAGUUCUUUUCCUCAGCCAGUGACACCUAAGGCUCAAUUUCUGACUAACAAACCCUGAAACACAGCACCAAGUACAUCCUUUAGGUUAGCUGUUUGGUGCUAAGAUGCAAAAUCUGAAUUGCUGAAUAUUGCAAUUAUCAGUUUCCCUGAAGGUACAAAUCCCUGAAGCACCUGUUGUGCAAUUCAGACCCAGAUGCCUCCCUUUCUGGCACAGUGCUGCUCUGAAGGAGUCAUCUGCUUGGAUUACAGGUGCUGUGACAUCCACAUGUGUGUCUCGUUGUUGCAGAUGGAUCUUGGAUAUCACAAAAGAAUGGGAAGGGAGGGGGUCAGGAGGAAGAGAAAAGCAACUGAGGCAAGGUGGAUGUGGUAGUUCCAAAAAGGCAUUCUGUUUAGUUUUCUGGACUUCCCAGGCCAAGUGAACCCUUAGGUCUGGAACAGAAGCAGAAUCCCAUGCUCUCUACCUGGGCCCACGUAUACCACUCCCAGGCCAGAGAGGAAAGCUGACCACUCUGCUCCUUUCACUAUCUGUUCUGCAGACACUGACUUCCUUAAACACAACAUUCAUCUGCCUCAGCGGUGUGCCUGCUUCUUCGAACUCAUGAAUAGUUCCUUUAAAUGAUCAGGUAUGAGGCAGGCUUACUAAUUUUGCUGCUUUAGUUGUACAUCAGGGGUUGUUCAUCAUUUAUAAAGAGUCACCGGAUGUUAGCACCAUUCACCAUCUUUCAUUAUGUAAUUUGUGUUCCUUAUCUUGGUGGAGGCGAAAGUCCCCUUCUGGCAGUUAAACUUUGAUUAUGUCAACUUGAUUGGCUUGGGAGCCACCCAGGGGGUUAGUAAAGCUCACUUCCUGGUGUGUCUGGGUGGGUCAUGAAGGUGUGAAAUGAGGGACUCUAUCUGACCCCUGGCCCCUGCCUCCCUGGCACUGUUCCCCUACUCUGCUGCCCCACUGCCGUGCACUGAACAUCUUUGUUCUGCCACUCCCUUCCGCCAUGACAUUUCUCCCUUAAAGCCAGUCAGCCAUGGACUAAAUCCCUGGAAACCAGGAACCAAAGUACACUUCUCCUUUAAAUUGUGGGUGUUAGGUAUUGUGUCUCCAUGACAGGAAGGCUGAUGCACCCUGCGUUAACUCUCUGGUCAUGGGUAGAGUGGCACUGCCAGCCGCUAUGAGACUCAGGACCAUUGUAAACUGCCAUGGACAGCAGAGGAUUAGAGGGGAAUGGAGAGCUGGUAAUGGCGAGAACUGACCUGACAAUUGCACUGCGUGGUUAAUGUGACCAUAAAUUCUUUUAACAAAUGCAUUCAAAUUAGUUGUUAUAUGUAUCCCAGUUUAUGUUUUGAUACUUUAAUAAAGAAAAGAUGAAUGUGCCUUUACCGUCAA